ACUGCUUUUUACUACGUUCAAUACUGUACUCAUUUAAAAAUUGUGUACGGUUUCCACUUCUUGCUGCUUGAGCGAUCGACAAAUAGUCCUUGCCAUCUGCCAUGGAGGAAAAUGCUGUUGCGGGCCCCAGUGAACCUAAAGAUGAUUCUUCGCCUACUGAUGGUUCGUCCACUGCAUCUCAGUCGCCCAUUUGUGCCAUCUGCACAAAAACUGCGGCUGUCUACACAUGUCCCCGAUGUUCGACACGUACGUGCUCGCUAGCAUGUUCUCAAACUCACAAGACGCAAGGAGAAGGUUGCUCUGGGGUCAGGAACAAGGCUGCCUACGUUCCCAUGAAUCAAUACGGGUAUAUGGCCCUUAUGGAUGACUACGUUUUCCUAGAAGAUGUAGGUCGCAAGGUUGGUGACUGGGGCAAAGAGAUCGUUCAGGGUGGUUAUACCUCUACAACGGACGGAAAUCGUGGUAGGGGAAGAGAUCUCAGAGGUCGAGGAAGGGGAAGAGGCAGAGAAACUGCUAUCGUGCAUGGAAACCCGAUCAGAAAUAAAAGAGAUACCUUGAAGAUGGAGUUGGACUUCCGGGAUAUCGAGAUGGACAUGCUCCCGGUGGGUAUGGAAAGACGGACGUUGAAUCAGUCAACAUGGGAUUUCAAAAACAAGACCGCAUUGCUUACUAUCGAAUUCAUCUUCCAUCCGCCACCAAAUCCAUAUCCUUCAUCUGCACCCGAACAACCAUUCACUCUGCUGACGCAUCGAAACCGAUUCGAAGACUCCAUCCUUACAUGCGUACAAUCCAAGCUGGCCGAACGAGGGAAGUCGAAGAAAGAAAAGCCGAUUCCAGUGUGGGUAAUCGACUUGAUAGCUCCCAACCCCGACGACGUGGAGGCAUUCACGAAUCCUACUUGCGUUAUGCCAACAAAAGUUGACCCUCUUGCUUCACUGCAGUCUAGACCAACCAUACUUCGCCCAGGGCAUAUCGUGCGUGAAGGCUAUUAUAAACUCGAGCCAACAGAAUCACUGGAGAAGGUGCUUCGACAUAAACAAUUCGUCGAAUAUCCAACGAUAGAGAUCUGGGAAGACGGAUCGUUUAACGGGACUGUCGUUGAUGAUCGAGGAGCGGUGAUGCACAACAGCGAGGACGAGAGGAAGCCGAAACGUCGGAAGCUCGGUGUCCGAGAGGGUCGCAAAGCCAUUAAUGGUCUCUUGGGUGGAUACGGGAGCGAAGAUGAAGAGGAGGAAGACGAAAAGGAGGAACGCAAUGUGAUGGGGUUGCUUGCUGGGUACACGGGAAGUGACGAAGAGGGUGAGGGUGAUAAGGAGCCGGCUCCAGGAGAUCAGUUACCUCCGCCAAGUCCUCUGGAUGAAGACGAGUGGGGAGAUGAAGAUGCAGAGGGCGAGACUGAUGAUGAGUAUGUGGAGGAGUCUGCAGAGAAUGUUGCUGCGAUGCUUGAAAAGCUUCGACAAGCUGGUGUCCUACGAGACCCAAGUAGCGAUGGACGGGUAUCACUAGCUGUCGACGAGGACGAGCAGGUCGAUUGGGGUGAUUCUGGAGACGAAGGCACGGUCUCAUAGGGAUACUGUCAUAUACACCUUUCUUUCUUGCCAAUGGUGGCAUCGACGUCUUGGCGAGGUGAAUCCUUGUGCUUCAUUCACCUAGCGAUUAAGCAUCUUUUCGCCUCAGGUCCAGUAGGCCCUUCAUGAGGAGUUGUACUUCCAACACGCUGUCGACGUAUUGACUGAGCGGCUUGUCCUUACUGCUAGUGACUGGAGUCGCUGUCUUGACCUCGACCUCCCACAAUGUAUCUUGAUGUGCCGGAAUUGGCUUUUCCGUCUUUUCGUCGACCUGUAAGGCAUUGUACUGUAGUUAGAACCUUACAAACCGGCAAGAAUCCAAUGAGAAUACCUUUUCUUGUUG